AUGGCUUCUGCUACCACCAUAUGUUCGAUUGCACUGAUUGCAUCAUGCAUCUCAAUGUUGGCUGCACCAAUCUUUGCCCAUGAUCUGCCCGGAGGCGGGCUCGGUGGCCUACGAGGGGGCCCAUGGGGCGGGCUCGGGGACCCUUUGGGUGGGCUAGGGAAUGGUCAGUGCCUAGCAUCUCUGAAUGGAGUCCAUGGGUGUAUCCAAGAUGUUUUGAUAUCCAUCUUGACCCUUCAAUUCCGAUUAAUCGGGCCGGCAUGUUGCCAGGCUAUCGUAAACAUUGAUGAUAAUUGUUGGCCCAAGGUGUUGCCUCUCAGCCCAAUAUUCCCCCUAAGAAACUAUUGCACAGAAAUUGUAAUUGUUCCCAGGUUUCCACAACCAGCACCACCAAGAGUGUAA